AUGGCUGUAGCUUUUCCACACUAUAUUUUGCAAAGUAUCUAUCCUUUGUUGUGUGUGUUCACUGAAGCUUCCCUUCUGUUGUCUCUACAGUCAGCCAGUUUCCUGACAAAGAUUUCCUUAAAUGACUCUCAGAAAGAGAGAGAGAGAGAGAGAGAAAAUGUUUCUUCAAAUUCUCUCAUGUCCGGGAGGCACUUCAGCCUGAGGGUUGAAAGAACAUUCACCCGCCAUGGCUGCCAAUCACUGAUCAAAAACAAUAGUCAGAACCAACAACUCCAAGUUUUGGAGGACAAAGCCCUUAUUACCCACUCUGGGUCCAGCAAGCCAUACCAGGAGUUUGGGUGGGCUGCUAUUUUCCAUCACUGCCUGCUCCAGGGCUUAAGAAUGGGUAACAGUAGCCACCAUCUCAUUAAAAACUGA